AUGAAAACUGCCAACGUUUUAACUGCUUUUGCUGCAUCAACUGCCUUCUCCACUAAUCCUGUCAAUGCAUUCAUUGCCAACGGUGCAGGUGCACCUAUGGUGGAUGAUAAUCCAAAGGACGCCUGCUUUGUCGCUGAAUUCCCACAGGGAGGUAGUGACAAAAUUGCAGGAUACAUUACCUUCACUUCUUACGAAGGUAUUGCCAAGGUUAGCGUUGAGUUGGCAAGUAUCAUUAAUCCAGAAGAUGGAUUUUCCUAUCACAUUCAUGAAAAAGCACUUGAGUCUGCCGACGACUGUGUUUGCUACGCUACAGGCGAAGAACUAAACCCAUUCAACGGAAUCUCCAGCUGUGCUGAUGUCCAAGACAAAUCGCUAUGUAAAGUCGGUGAUCUAAGUGGCAAGUAUGGUUUCAUAAAUUCAAACCUAUACCAGGCUAAAUAUUUAGAUCCAUAUUUGGGAUUAUAUGGCGCAUCGCCAAGUUUCAUUGGUGACCGCUCCAUCGCUAUCCACAAGAGUGAUGGUUCAAGAGUAGCAUGUGCUGACAUUGUUCCAUGUAGCGAAAAGAAAACUGGCGCUACAGAAUGUACUCUUCCACCGGUAGAGGAGAGCCCAGUUGAAACUCCAUGCCCAGAAGCCACUCCAGAACCAGUUGAACCACCAAAGGAGCCUGAACUAAUCCCAGAGAAACCACCAGUUAAAGAACCAGAACAAGAACAAGAACCAGAAAAGCCAAAGGAGAAGCCAAAGGAUGAAAAGACCCCUGAGCCUCCAGCUCCAGAAGAAAAACCUUCAGCUCCAGAAGAAAAACCUUCAGCUCCAGAAGAGAAGCCUCCAGCUCCAGAAGAGAAGCCUCCAGCUCCAGAAGAGAAGCCUCCAGCUCCAGAAGAGAAGCCUCCAGCUCCAGAAGAGAAGCCUGCAAAGGAGAAGCCUACAAAAGAGAAGGCUCCAGAAGUCCCUGUUGCAAUUCCUACUCCAGAAGCUGCUGCUCCAGCUCCAGCUCCAUCUGCUGCUCCAGCUCCCUCUCCAGUAGCCCCAGCACCAGCACCAGUCAUCCCAGCCCGUGAAGCUGUUGUUUCAGAGGCCCCAGUCACAAGUGCGGUAGAAGAUGCUAAGGUUGAACCUACAGCUAAGAGUAUAUCAACUGGCUCAGCACUACCUGGCAAACACAACUCAGGCGUCUACCACAACAGCAGCUCAAGUGCGAGUGCUACUGCUUCAUCUAAGAAGACCCUAGCUGUAAGCCAAUCUGUAAAUGGUGGUGCAUACAUUACUAACGGUAUAACAUUUGGUGGUAUCAUAAUGUUCAUCUUGUCUUUGUUGGCAUAA